GAACGACGCAUGCGCGAGUUACGGGUCGCUGGCUGAGGACUGACAGCUCCUUAGCCUGAAGUUGGAUCCCGCUCGUGAAAGUUUCUUGUGGCGCCGCUUUUUGUGUCGUUGCACAAAUGACCCUUGGUUUGUGUAAAGAUGUAUGAAGGGAAUGGCUUUGGGUGUGAGCUGCGCACUGAGGACCUGCUCACCCAGCCUUUGCACGCCUGACUGAAUUCUCGGGGCUCAGAGCUUUCCUCGCGAGAGAUCCAGGAUUGGUCACGCCGUUGGACAGUUCCCUUGCGCCUGGUCCCUGCCGGAGGAGCUUCUCGGACGCUAGCACGCGUGCGCGCGCGAGGCCCCGCCCUCCUCGCGCUGUCCACAUGCUGCCCGCGCGCCUGGGUUGCAGGCUACUGUGCGGGCUCCUCCGGGGCCCCGGGCCAGCCGCUGCGUGCCAUGGCCCAGCACGGUGGCUCCUGGAGGGGAAAUGUGAGGUCUCCAUCUGCCAGCGCGCAAACUCCCUGGGCCGCCGGGUUCCCCCUAGCUCCACGUCGACCGAGGACUAUGAAGAAGGCACCGACACGGAGGAGCGCUUUCUCUUCCCGGAGUACGUCCCGGAGCGGAUCCCCGAGCAACAGCUGCGGGAAUUGCGGGAGCUGCGGGAGUUGCAGCGGCUGCAGCAGGAGGAGGAACGACAGAGGUUGCAGCGGCGGGAGGAGCGGCUUCAGCAGAAGCUGCGGGCCGGCCUCCGGACGCCGCCGGUCCCGGAGCUUCCGGACGCACCGGUGCCGCCCAGCGGCAUCUACUGCUCCGGCUGCGGAGCCGAGCUGCACUGCCAGCAUCCUGGCCUGCCCGGCUACUUGCCGGACGAGAAGUUCCGCGGCGCCGCACAGGCGGAAGGAGGCCCGGCGCGGACCGUGUGCCAACGCUGCUGGCUACUGGUGCACCACCGACGUGCGCUGCGCCUGCAGGUGAGCCGCGAUCAGUACCUGGAGCUUGUGAGCACCGCGCUGCGGCGGCCGGGGCCCUCUCUGGUGCUCUAUAUGGUGGAUCUGCUUGACCUGCCGGACGCCCUGCUGCCGGACUUGCCCAAGCUGGUGGGCCCCAAGCAGCUCUUCGUGCUGGGGAACAAAGUGGACCUGCUGCCCCAGGACGCUCCUGGCUACUUGCAGCGGCUGCGGAAGCGGCUGUGGGACGACUGCAUCCGCGCCGGGCUCGUGGUGGCCCCUGGUCAUCGAGGACCACAGUACCCUGCGGGAGAUGAGCCACUGGACGAGAUAAAGAGUCAGGAUCCGCCACCCAGGUCCCGCACGGUGGUCAAGGACGUGCGGCUGAUCAGCGCCAAGACGGGCUAUGGAGUUGAAGAACUGAUCUCUGCUCUUCAGCGCUCCUGGCGCUACCGCGGCGACGUCUACCUGGUGGGCACCACGAAUGCUGGCAAGUCCACUCUCUUUAACACACUCCUGGAGUCUGAUUACUGCACCGCCAAGGGCUCCGAAGCUAUCGACAGGGCCACCAUCUCCCCCUGGCCAGGUACCACAUUAAACCUCCUGAAGUUUCCUAUUUGCAACCCAACUCCUUACAGAAUGUUCAAAAGACAAAAAAGGCUUCAAGAAGAUGCGACCAAAGCUGAAGAAGAUCUUAGUGAGCAGGAACAAAGUCAGCUCAAUCAACUGAAAAAGCAUGGCUACAUAGUAGGAAGAGUUGGAAGAACAUUCUUGCACUCCUCAGAACAGAAGGAAGACGUCCCCUUUGAGUUUGAUGCCGACUCCCUGGCCUUUGACAUGGGAAAUGAACCUGUUGUGCCUGUGCGCAAAAACACCAAACAAAUAGAACUGACCCCAGAGGACGUGAAAGAUGCCCACUGGUUUUAUGACACCCCUGGGAUUACAAAAGAAAGCUGUAUUUUAAAUCUUCUAACAGAGAAAGAAAUCGAUAUUGUUUUGCCAACACAUUCUAUUAUCCCAAGAACCUUUGUCCUCAAGCCAGGAAUGGUUCUAUUUUUGGGUGGAAUAGCCCGAAUAGAUUUCCUACAGGGAAAUCAGUCAGCCUGGUUUACAGUUGUGGCUUCCAACUUCCUUCCUGUUCAUAUUACUUCCUUGGACAAGGCAGAUGUUUUAUAUGAGAAGCAUGCAGGUCACGAGCUACUGCUGGUUCCAAUGGGUGGGAAAGAACGAAUGGCCCAGUUUCCACCUCUUGUUGCUGAAGACAUUACAUUAAAGGGAGGUGGAAAAUCUGAAGCAGUAGCUGAUAUCAAGUUCUCCUCCGCAGGCUGGGUUGCAGUAACACCUUAUUCUGAGGGCACGCUGCAUCUCCGAGGUUACACACCUGAAGGGACUGCUCUGACUGUCCACCCUCCUGUCUUGCCGUAUAUCGUUAAUGUCAAAGGACAGCGGAUCAAGAAAAGUGUGGCCUAUAAAACCAAGAAGCCUCCGUCUCUGGUACACAAUCUGAAGAAGCACAGAUGAGUGAGGUGGAUGUGGGUCACACUGGAUAGUAAGUGCUGAGAUGUGUCAAAAUGUAUUAACCACAAAAAUAAUAAAGACACGCAAAUACUUAUUUUUAAAAAUCUUAAAAGUCAAGUUUUUGAACUAUUUGAGACUAUGCUUAUAUAAUAAUUAUUCAUAAAUAAAGAUCUUUCUUAGUGUACA